CGAAAAGCACGCCGCAACGUCCAAGAUGUUAAGAAAUGAGGGAUUUGAGCUUGCCAAGCUUGCCGAGCUUUCCGAAGUGUAAGCCCCUGAACGGGCUACCAUGGCGCAAGACAGCAUGAACCCGUAUCCUCUCGAUUCACGCCCGAACACGUCCUCAACCCCUCGGCAAUAUAUCGCAUGGCACGCAGAGACAUACAGGACAACAAGAAACACGCGCCAGAACGCAGCUCUUCAUCUGUGGCAAUUCCAUCGACUACAGACUCAAGCAACAAUCGAGCUUAUGCGGCAGCCAGCCCCGAUUCCUCUCGGAUUCACGGCCUACGUUGAGGAAUCGCAGCUGUUGACUGGGUUGUGGUUGGAACCAGGGACGGGCAACACGAUCGCAGCAGGUGAUGUCCAGCUCCCGAGCAGUUUUGACAACCUACAGGCGUAUCUCCCUCUCAUGUUCAACAACUUCAGCCUUCCAUUUCCUGGAUCAUUUGGUGACCUAGCACCCAAAGGCAAUGGGACCCAUUUCGGCCACACCGGCGUAAAGAGCUACCUACCUCCUCCUACCAGUACUUCUAAUAUUCCAGGCAGUCCCCAGGCCUUUGCACCUAUGGAUAAAUCAUCUUCAAGCAAAUUCCAACGGUCUUGUGACCUGUUGAGCUGGGUCUACCUACCUGGCCUACCUUAGGCUUGUCCAGAUUUCUGGAACUGAGGAACUAGUACCCCAUAAGCUUGUGUUUUUGGGACGAUAGCACGCAAAACUGCCCGGAGACUGAUGUCAAUUUGAAAGUACCCGACUACU